UUGCAAAAUGGGGGAGACGAGCAGAAGAGACAGCAACAACACAAAGAGCUCUUGAACGUGAUUGCAGAUUUCACCGUAAAACUCGAAAAAGUAGUAAGUGAUAUGAAGGUGACCAGAAACAAAGACAGAGAUACCAGUACUGAUGGAGUUUGCAAAACUCAACAGAGUCCAAAGGGGCUUGCUGGUGGGGGAAAUAAUGGAUAUCUGCUGCCACAAAACACUCCGGUUUCCUCAGAAGUGAUUCUGAAAUUGUCGAAACGCGUGUCGACACCGCAGUGGAAGUUUCUUGGGAGGUGGUUAAAAAUACCCGAUCACGAGAUCAACACAAUCUCGGCCAAUCACAAGGAAGAUAUCCAGGAGCAGAGCUACCAGAUGUUGCUGAAAUGGAGAGAGAGCAAUGGUGGAGGGUGUUACCAAGAGCUUGGGGAGGCCGUUAGGAUGGAGUAUGGGGAGCAGCUUUACUCUGAUUAUGUCAAAAUGGUUGUCGAGUCUGAAGGAAGGCAAAACAGUGGUCCUGAAUAG